AAAUCACUAUUGGUUUAUUGCCCUUGCCAAAGAGCCAUAGGAAAGGGACUUGAAUCUCUUCAUGCUGGUGCCAUGGCGAUCGUGAAAAGAGCCCAACUGCCGGGUUUGCAACAGAGGACAAGCUCGUGGUAGGAACGGAUCGGAACCAUUCAGGACACCAAGGAGGAAGCUGCUUAGGCCUAGUUCGUUUUGGCCCGGAACGGCUCCGAACGUGGACAGUUCCGGCCGGAUUGAUAUGGUUUGUAUCGAAUUUCGACCCAAUACGGAAUGGUUGUUCGGUUCAGACCGGUCAGGUUUCAAUCCGCGGCUCAUCUCGGCCAUUCCAUCCCUGCUGCGGCCCCGGAAUGAAACUUGGCCUCUUACCCUGCGGAACGGAAUCGGUUGGCGGCGCGAGGCGAUGGCGAAGGCGCAGCGGCGAGACACGGCAACCACCGCGUCGGCGACGGCGACCGCGUCGGCGACGGCGACCGCAUCCCGUUCGACACCCACGCUCUCCGCCCCUUUCUCACCGCCGCCGGUGGCAGCUGGCAGCUGCGUCCGUGCGGCAGGAACGCCGUCGCGGCCAGGCAGGAGGCCAGCGCGGAGGACGACGAGCGCCGCGGGGGGCUCUCCUGCCGGGUACGCGUACGGCGCCGGUGGACCCCUGCUGGGCAUGGUGCCACCCGGUGGGUCGUGGGCGCGGGAUGGUCGGGCCCCGGCGGCCUGGGCAGGGGGCGAUCUGCGGAGGACCCCGCCGGCCUGGGUGGUGUUCGUGUGUGGAAGCAGCAGGCAGCCUGGUCUGGCGGAAGUCUGGAUGCGGCGGACGGCGGCUUCUUCUUUUUAUGAUGUGUGAGAUGAUGGUGAUGGUGGGUGGGUGGCAUGUGCUGAUGCGGAUCGCAAGGAAAGCAAAGCUAUUGAUCACUGUGAGAGUGAAGUGCAGUAGCUUGCUUUUCAUUUGUUUCCCGGGAAACUUGCUGCAGACGAGACCGCUAGCAAACUCGAUGCUUGCUUGCUUGCUUGCUUUCA